AUGGAGCUUCGUGGCGCCGGCACGGCGGCCAACGGCGGCGGCAUGGCCGGGUUCUUGGGGAGGAAGAGCAGGUACGUGCGCAUGGACGACGUGCUCCCGCCGGACCCGGAGGUGGAGAAGGAGGACGGCGUCGGCGGCGGGGUCCGUGUUCGCGGCGGCGCGAGGAGACACGUGUUCCUCUGCUCCGUCUUCGCCUCCCUCAACCACGUCCUCCUCGGCUACGAUGUCGGCGUGAUGAGCGGCUGCAUCAUCUUCAUCCAGAAGGACCUCCACAUCGACGAGGUGCAGCAGGAGGUGCUCGUCGGCUGCCUCAGCUUCAUCUCGCUCCUCGGCAGCCUCGCCGCCGGCAGGACGUCCGACGCCAUAGGCCGGAAGCGGACCAUCGGGCUCGCGGCCGCCAUCUUCCAGGCCGGCGCGGCCGUGAUGGCUCUCGCGCCGUCCUUCGCCGCGCUCAUGGCCGGGAGGCUGCUGGCCGGCAUCGGCAUCGGGUUCGGCCUCAUGGUCGCGCCGGUGUACAUCUCGGAGAUCUCCCCGGCGGCUCUGCGGGGCUCGCUCGCCUCCCUCCCGGAGAUAUUCAUAAGCUUCGGCAUCCUCCUCGGCUACGUCUCGAACCUCGCCUUCGCGGGCCUCCCCGACCACGUCAACUGGCGCGUCAUGCUCGCCGCCGGCAUCCUCCCGUCCAUCUCCGUCGCCUACGUGCUCACGGUGAUCCCGGAGUCCCCGCGGUGGCUCGUCAUGCAGGGCCGCACCGGCGAGGCGCGUGCCGUGCUCCUCACGGUCACGGAGACCGAGGGCGAGGCGCAGGAGAGUCUCGCCGAGAUCGAGGAGUCGGCGCGCGUGACGAGCGCCGGCAAAGCGGUUUGGAGAGAAAUUAUGAGGCCGUCGCCGGUCGUCCGCCGGAUGAUGCUCGCCGGGCUGGGCGUCCAGUUCUUCCAGCAGGCCACAGGCAUCGACGCACUGGUGUAUUACAGCCCGACCAUAUUCCGGGACGCCGGCAUCGCCACGGAGGGCCACCUCCUGGCCGCCACCGUCGCGGUGGGGCUCUCCAAGACGAUCUUCAUCGUGAUCGCCAUACUUCUGGUAGACCGCGUCGGCAGGAAGCCCCUACUCCUCAUCAGCACGGUCGGCAUCACCGCCUGCCUUGCCGUGCUCGCCGCGACGCUCUCCCUGCUGUCGCGCGGCGCGCUGCCAGGCGGCGCGGCGAUCGCGAUGGCCAUCUUGACGGUGUGCGGUUUCGUGGCCUUCUUCUCGGUGGGCAUCGGGCCCAUCAACAUGGUGCUGAGCUCGGAGAUCUACCCGCUGAGGCUGCGCGCGCAGGCGGUGGGCCUCGGCCUGGCGGUGAACCGGCUGACCAGCGGCGCCGUGGCCAUGUCCUUCCUGUCCAUCUGCCGCGCCGUGUCCGUGGCCGGCGCGUUCACGGCGUUCGCGGCCGUCUCGGCGCUGUCCGUGGCGUUCGUGCACUGGUUCGUGCCCGAGACGAGCGGAAAGACGCUCGAGGAGAUCGAGUUGCUGUUCGGCGAUGCCGGUGGCAGCGGCGGCGAGGUGGAGGUGGAGCUCGGCGACGGGGAACAUCUGGUGCACGAGCGAUGA